AUGUCGGCAGAUGUCGAGAAGCAACUGCCCCUGGAGAAUGGACCCUCAACGGCCGCGAAGGGCAACGAGCUCAAUACAGACACCAAAGAACCGUCGGCCGCGUCUACGGGACGGUCCUCUCUGGAACAAAAUGUCGAAGUCGAGGCUCCCAAACCAGCGACGCCGUGGGCAGAUCCCUCCUCGUUUCCUGAUGGCGGUCGUCAAGCGUGGCUUACGGUUGCCGCUGCGAGUGCCUGCUUCUUCGUUUCCUGGGGGUGGAUUAAUUGUGUCGGAGUGUUCCAGGAGAGGUAUAUGAGCGUCGAGCUGAGACAGUACUCACCCAGCACGGUCGCCUGGAUUCCUUCGGUGGAGACCUUCUUCAUGCUUGCUACGGGCCCUGUGGCGGGAUUCAUCUUCGACAACUACGGCCCUACGAGACUUUUGAUCGUGGGCAGUUUCAUGCACGUCUUCGGGUUGAUGAUGGCAUCCAUCUCCAAGGAAUACUACCAGUUCAUGCUCAGCCAGGGUGUUUGUUCGGCCAUCGGAGCAUGUUGCAUCUUCACACCAGCCGUCGCUUGUGUCUCGACGUGGUUUUACAAGAAACGGGGGAUGGCUAUCGGUAUCACGGCCUCGGGCAGUUCUCUCGGUGGUGUGCUGUUCCCGAUCAUUGUCAGCCGGAUGAUCGAAAGGAACGGAUUCCCCUGGGCUAUGCGUACCUGUGCCUUUCUUAUCUUCGGACUCUGCACCUUCGCCAUCCUCACCCUCCGCGCACGCUUUCCACCACGACCCCGCCCUUGGAGUGUCAUGGCGUUUGUGCGACCACUCAAAGAGACUCCGAUGCUGUUGCUCACCAUCGCGACAUUCCUGUUCUACUGGGGAAUGUUUCCUGUCUUUUCCUUCAUCACGGCUGUCGCGGUCGGUCGUGGCAUGUCUCUUGAGUUGGCACAGUACCUGGUCUCCAUCCUCAACGCAGGCUCAGUCUUCGGUCGAACACUACCUGGUAUCCUCGGUGACAAAUUCGGGCGGUUCAACGUCAUGACCGUGUUUUGUACGUUGGCGGGAAUAUUGAUUCUGGCAGUCUGGAUCCCGGCCGACACCAAUGUAGGCCAACUUGUCUUUGCGCCCGUCUUCGGCUUCGCCUCCGGUGCUGCCAUCGGACUGACGCCUGCCUUGAUUGCGCAAGUUUCGCCGAUCCAGGAGAUCGGUGUGCGGACAGGAACGGUGUUUGGCGCGGGUUCGCUCGGAGCUCUGACAGGCUCGCCCAUUGGUGGCGCGUUGAUCACUCGCGACCACGGGGGAUUCUUGUACCUCCAACUGUUUGGUGGCAUAGUCUGUUUUGCUGGAUGUGCCAUGUUCGCCGUUGCUCGGGUAUACCUCGUGGGUUUCGAUCUGAAGAAGAAGGUGUAG